AUGGUCCACUGCGCGGGCUGCGAGAGGCCGAUCCUGGACCGCUUCCUGCUGAACGUUCUGGACAGAGCUUGGCACGUCAAAUGCGUCCAGUGCUGUGACUGCAAAUGCAACUUGACCGAGAAGUGCUUUUCUCGAGAGGGGAGGCUCUACUGCAAAAACGAUUUCUUUAGAGGAGCCAGAGGAAGAGAGGUGGGAGAGUGGGGGGAGGCAGAGGGGGGAGAGAGAGGGACCCGGGCCGGAGCGCGCAGCAGCUCCAGGUGA